AUGCGGUGCUCGAGACGGUACAACUCCCUCAGAUUCGUUUCAGGUUAUUUUGAACGGCCUAACAGUGUAAGUAAAGUUCCCUUAUCUUGCUCCUUCUUGUUGUUCUUCUUCUUCUUCUUUUUCUUCUUCUUUUUCUCCACAUUGCAGAGACAUAGCAUGCCUUUUUGUACCGUAGUAACACGUCCGAGAGUCCCUGUCAAAAAGAAAUUACUGACAUUCUUAAAAAAAGUGUUUGUAAAGCAAAAGAUCCCUCUUGGAAACCUCCCAAAUAGUGCAUCCCUAAUAUCACUUCCUUUUAGACCUAACACACCUCCUCUGCCUUUCCAUUCAUUGGACGAGUCCAAUGAUUUUUUCCAUUGUAAUCCACUAUCAAUAAAUGGUGCCACCUCUAGUGGAAAUGAAAACUCCCUCUUAGAAACUGAUCAAACUACCAACCUGUUGGCUUCUAAGGAACCUUUUCUGACAAAUGAAUUUAAGGCAUUCGAUAUAAUCCACUCCUUGCCAUAUCUUCUAGUCUCAGACAUCACUGCUAUAUCAAUUGCUCUUUACUACUUGAUCUCAGGAAACGUAAGAGACAUUCUUGGUAAACCUUAUUGGAACUACGCCAUUUGUUCCCCGGCUUGGAAGGGAUUUUACUUUUCAAGCUUUCAGCUUUUUCAACAUGAUAAUGCACUGGCAUUAAUGUCUGAAGAUCAAUGUUCAUUAUCUAAUCUUUUAGUUGAAAUAACAUGCAAAUUUUACCUUCAUAAAAUAUUCCAUAAUCAACUGUCAAGUAACAGAGUUAUGCAUUUCCUCGAAACGUUUAGAAUGAAUCCAACAUCAACUCAAUGUGUACCCGUAUUAAUUGUCGGCAUUACUUGCCUCCAUGAUCCAGAUUCAAAAUACAAUAAUACACACUCACAAACUCAAAUAAUAUUUCAAAACAGUACAGAUAAUAUCUUUGAAUUCUUCAACUGCCUAGUCAAACAAAUUGAAACGGAAUCUUACUACCAGCUCAAAAUGAACCCUCUCACAGAAAAGCUUGAGCCCUAUAAAGGACCUCGUUUCCAAUUAUCCCCUAUUACUUUCACUGACACUUCACCGUAUAGGUGGGAGAUGAUCCAGUUGGCCCAUGUUUUCCCAAAUGAUGAUCCUAUAUUGACUAAUCUCACACAAAUCUCACAUACAUUAGAAUCCUAUCUCUCCAAUGAUUUGAAUGAUUUGACCGAUGUCUAUUUAAAUUUGAAAAAUUUAGUGCUGGAAUCUUUUGAUUAUUAUAAUCCUCCUAAAUUGGAAAAAUAUCUUAAACCUUUCCCUUGGGGGGAUAUUAUGAUUGUAGGUAUGGAUUGGAAAACUCGAGAUCUAAUUCUUGACCCACAGUAUAUUCUUGAUACCGAUGAUGGUGAAAUUUGUGCAAUCUGUAGAUCGGAUUAUCAAGAAGGUGAGAUCAGUUUAAAAUUAAAGUGUAACCAUUAUUUCCAUAGUGAUUGCAUUGGCGAGUGGAUAAAGGGCUCUCCCCUUCAAAAAUGCCCAAUAUGUAGAAAACGAAUUGCAGGUUUGCCUUUAGAUUGA